AUGGGGGAUAGAGAGGCUACAACCGGUAAGCGAAGGCCGAGAGGAGCGGAGGCCGCCGCCCGCAGCGAAGCCUUGGAGCGCCUGAAAGCCCGUCUCCGCGGAGGUCCCCGAUCUGACGGCGGUGGACCCCAAAUCAGGUUAGAAAACCCUAUCUACGACUCUGUCCCCGAGGAAGAGUACAACGCCCUCGUUGCCAAGCGCCGCGAACAGGCACGUGCAUUCAUCGUUGACGAUGACGGUCUCGGUUACGGUGACGAAGGCGAGGAAGAGGAUUGGUCGAAAGCUGGCUUCACCCUCUCCUCCGACGAAUCCGACGGCCAAUCGGAGAGGCCCAAACGGAAGAAACUCGAGAAGAAAGAUCCUCAGCCGAAACGACCCUCUUCUUCGCUCUCAGCUGCCGCCGCCAUGAUGGGCGGGCAGAGACUGUCUUCCAUGUUCACUUCUUCUGUUUUCAAGAAAAGCAGAGACGACAAAUCCUGCGACAGCAUCGUCGAUAAUGUUAUCGCGGAGUUUGCACCCGACGAGAACGAUAAAUUAAGGCGUAGAAGGGUGCAAGUGACUUCAUUGUCUGGCGCCAACGAUAAGCCGUCUUCUGAUUUGAUUGGAUGUUCUUUUGUAUCCGAAACUUCUGCAAAAGGAAAUGGUGAAUCCACUAGGGUUGUUGAGAAUAAUGAUUGCGACAUUGGGUUAGAGCAAAAGUGCGAAGAAGCUGUCAUGGAAAUUGAAGGGCAUGGAAGUUCGGAAAAUGACCAGUCAUCAAUGUUGCAAGUGGAACCGAGUUAUGGGGAUAUAGUUGAGGAGGAAGUGGUUAAGGACAUUGAAAUAGAAGCAAAACCUGCUAUGAAAAAAGAGGUGUUUACUUUGAAUGCGAAAGUUGAACAAGAGGAGGACCCGGCAUUGUGUGCAACUGCUGGUUGGCAAGCAGCGAAGAGUUGUGCUGGUGGAGGGGAGAUCAAUGUUGCUGAUUCGAGGGAUGCUUCGAAUAACCAACAACAAUCAGAGUUCAAUCUGGAGGCUGAUGGAUCGCUACCUUUCUACAUACUUGAUGCCCACGAGGAGUUUUAUGGAGCCAAUAUGGGCACCCUUUAUUUGUUUGGGAAGGUCAAAGCAGGAAAUUUGUAUCAGAGUUGCUGUAUUGUUGUGAAGAACAUGCAGAGGUGUGUCUACGCAAUUCCAAGUCGCCCUUUACAUUACACGGAUGAGAUGAUGAAGCUUGAGAAAGAUGUCCAAGAGUCUCGAAUUUCUCCUGCAGAUUUCCAUAAAAAACUGCAAGAUGCGGUAUCUGGUUUAAAGAAUGAGAUAGCAAAACAUCUGCUGGAUCUGAAUGUUUCUACCUUUAGCAUGGCACCUGUGAAGAGGAAAUAUGCAUUUGAACGAUCUGAGAUUCCUGCUGGUGAAAAUUAUGUGGUGAAAGUCAAUUAUCCUUUCAAGGAUCCAGUACUUCCAGUAGACCUCAAAGGAGAAAGUUUUUGUGCAGUUUUAGGCACUCGUUGCAGUGCGCUCGAGCUUUUUCUGAUAAAAAGAAAGAUAAAGGGGCCUUCAUGGCUACAGGUUUCAGACUUUUCCUCCCGCUCAGCUUCUCAAAGGGUUAGCUGGUGCAAAUUUGAAGUUACUGUUGACUCUCCUAAAGAUAUAAGGACUUCAACUUCGUCAAAAAUAGCUUUCGAGAUUCCUCCUGUGGUUGUCACGGCAAUAAACUUGAAAACCACCUUAAAUGAAAAACAGAACAUAAAUGAGAUUGUAUCUGCAUCCGUUGUCUGUUGCAAUAUGGUUAAGAUUGACACUCCUAUGUUGGCUUCAGAGUGGAAGAGACCUGGAAUGCUGACCCAUUUUUCUGUUAUUCGUAAACUUGAUGGGAAUAUAUUUCCAAUGGGAUUCAGUAAGGAGGUUACGGACAGAAACUUAAAAGCUGGGUCAAAUGUUCUGUGUGUUGAAAGCAGUGAAAGAGCUUUGUUAAAUCGCCUGAUGUUAGAAUUACACAAGUCCGAUAGUGAUGUUCUUGUUGGACAUAAUAUUUCUGGAUUUGACCUGGACGUUCUUCUCCACAGAUCCCAGGCUUGCAAAGUACCAAGCAGCAUGUGGUCUAAACUAGGCCGUCUCAACCGUUCUGUGAUGCCAAAGCUUGAUAGAAGAAGCAAGAUUUUUGGUUCUGGAGCGGGUCCUGGUAUCAUGUCUUGCAUUGCUGGUCGGCUUCUUUGUGAUACAUACUUGUGUGCCCGUGACCUAUUAAAGGAGGUUAGUUAUUCUUUAACUCAACUUGCAAAAACACAGCUGAACAAGUCUCGGAAGGAAGUUGCUCCACAUGAACUUCCAAAGAAGUUCCAAUCAGCAGAAUCCCUAAUGGAGCUUAUUGAAUAUGGCGAAACUGAUGCAUGGUUGUCUAUGGAACUCAUGUUUCAUUUGAGUGUUCUUCCUCUCACACGUCAGCUGACUAAUAUAAGUGGUAAUCUGUGGGGAAAAACUCUUCAGGGUGCUCGGGCACAAAGAGUGGAGUAUCUUUUGUUGCAUGCUUUCCAUGCAAAGAAAUAUAUUGUGCCAGACAAGUUUCCAAACCAUGCAAAAGAAACAAAAUUGACGAAACGGAGAGUAAGUAAUGGUGUUGAGGAUAGCAACUUUGACGAAGCGGGUAUUGAUGAUGCGAACUAUGAUAAUGAUGCUCCUGACAGUGAUCAUAAGAAAAGCAAAAAGGGUCCUUCCUAUGCCGGGGGACUGGUUUUAGAGCCAAAGAGGGGUCUAUAUGACAAAUAUAUAUUACUUCUGGACUUCAAUAGUCUUUAUCCUUCUAUCAUUCAGGAAUACAAUAUCUGCUUCACAACUGUUGAAAGAUCUUCAGACGGAUCUUUUCCUCGUCUACCAUCUAGUAAAACAACUGGAGUCUUGCCAGAGUUGCUGAAAAAUCUGGUUCAAAGGAGGAGAAUGGUAAAGUCAUGGAUGAAGACUGCAUCUGGUCUUAAAGUUCAGCAACUGGACAUUCAGCAGCAAGCACUGAAGCUUACUGCAAACAGUAUGUAUGGAUGCCUGGGAUUUUCCAAUUCAAGAUUUUAUGCGAAGCCACUAGCUGAGCUUAUAACCCUACAAGGAAGGGAGAUCCUGCAGAGUACUGUUGAUCUUGUUCAGAAUAACUUGAAUUUAGAGGUGAUCUAUGGUGAUACUGAUUCUAUAAUGAUUUACAGUGGGCUAGAUGAUAUUGCAAAAGCAAAGGCAAUGGCUGGAAAAGCUAUUCAAGAGGUCAAUAAGAAAUAUAGAUGCUUGGAAAUUGAUCUUGACGGUUUGUAUAAGAGGAUGUUACUCCUUAAGAAAAAGAAAUAUGCAGCUGUAAAGGUGCAGUUCAAAGAUGGCACACCAUACGAGGUUAUUGAACGUAAAGGUCUUGACAUUGUUCGUCGCGACUGGAGUUUAUUAGCUAAAGAAUUAGGAGAUUUUUGUUUGACUCAAAUUUUGUCGGGAGGGUCAUGUGAAGAUGUCAUCGAAUCAAUUCACAGUUCUCUCAUGAAGAAGCAAGAAGAAAUGAGGAGUGGACAAGUACCAUUAGAGAAAUAUGUCAUCACAAAGACAUUGACUAAACCUCCUGAUGCUUAUCCUGAUGCGAAAAACCAGCCACAUGUUCUUGUGGCACAAAGAUUGAAGCAACAAGGUUACUCCUCUGGUUGCUCUGUUGGUGAUACAAUCCCUUAUAUAAUUUGCUAUGAGCAGGGCUGUAAUUCAGGCAGUGCAAUGGGCAUUGCUCAACGUGCCAGGCAUCCUGAUGAACUAAAACAAGAACAAGGGACAUGGCUGAUUGACAUUGAUUACUAUCUGUCGCAACAGAUUCAUCCUGUGGUAUCACGUCUUUGUGCAUCAAUUCAGGGCACAAGCCCAGAAAGGUUGGCUGAUUGUUUAGGGCUUGACUCUUCAAAGUUUCAACAUAAAUCAAGUGAAGCUUUAGGUGGUGAUCCUUCAAGCUCACUCUUGUUUGCUGCUGAUGAUGAGGAGAGGUAUCGGGGAUGUGAGCCGUUGGUCUUGUCAUGUCCCAGCUGUUCUGGCACUUUUGACUGCCCACCUGUGUUCAAAUCUAUUUGUUUGUUGGGAAGUGAAAAGCCAACCAGUUUAGGCACGGAGGAAUCUGACUACAUUUUCUGGCGUAAGCUGUGCUGCCCUAAAUGCCCAGAAGAUAGUGGUGGUAGAAUUUGUCCUGCAAUGAUAGCCAAUCAGGUCAAAAGGCAAGCGGAGAAGUUUGUUUUAAUGUACUAUAGAGGUCUACUAAUGUGUGAUGAUGAAAUGUGUAAGCAUACCACGCGAAGGAUCAACCUUCGGUUGGUUGGUGAUUCAGAGAGAGGAACUGUUUGUCCAAAUUAUCCUCGCUGCAACGGGCGUCUCCAAAGAAAGUACACUGAAGCAGACUUGUACAAGCAGCUCUCAUAUUUUUGCCAUGUGUUGGAUACUGUUUGUUGUAUAGAAAAGAUGGAUGCAAAAUCUAGGAUACCGUUAGAGAAAGAGUUGAUUAAAAUUAGACCGAUGGUUGAUCUGGCAGCAUCAACAGUACAGAAGAUCAGGGAUCGUUGUGCCUAUGGGUGGGUGAAGCUGCAGGACCUGCUCAUUUCAGUUUAAUUU